AUGUCGCGUGGUAGCAGUGCCGGGUUCGAUCGUCACAUAACAAUUUUCUCGCCCGAAGGACGUGUUUAUCAAGUUGCUGUUAAAGGUUCUGAAUCAGUAGUUGUCGCCGUACAGAAACGAGUGCCGGAUAAACUUAUAGUUGCCGAAUCAAUUACGAGCAUUUAUGAUUUAUCACCAACAAUAGGAGCUGCAGUUAUCGGAUUGAUUCCUGAUUGCAAAUUUCAAGUCAAACGUGCUCGAGCAGAAUCCGCUGAAUGGAAAUAUAAAAAUGGUUGUGAUAUGGCAGUGGGUGAUUUGAGUCGUAGAAUGGCCGAUCUAAACCAGUAUUACACUCAAAAUGCUGAACUACGGUCGCUUGGUUGUGUGAUGUUGUUAUUUUCGUACGAUGAAGAAGUUGGGCCGCAAAUAUUCCGUAUCGAUCCAGCAGGUUAUUAUAGGAGCAUGCGUGGUGUUGGAGUUGGUGUAAAGCAACAAGCAGUCAAUACUUUUCUCGAGAAAAAAUUAAAGAAAAAGACUGGUUUCAAUCUUGAAGAAAAUAUACAAUUAGCACUGGAAUGUCUCCAAACGUCGCUUGGUGUUGAUCUUAAAUCAAAUGAAGUGGAAGUUGCUGUUGUAACGAAGGAUAAUCGAAAACUAAGGCUUUUUUUUGAAAAAUUUUGA